GUGGGCGUAGAGCAACUUCCGGAAGUUGGGCUUUGACGAAAGAGGAGUGUCGGGAAUGGCGACCAAGAGGCUAGCACGGCAGCUUGGAUUAAUCAGGAGAAAGUCAACUGCACCAGCAAAUGGAAAUCUAGGACGAAGCAAAUCUAAGCAGUUGUUUGACUACUUAAUUGUCAUUGAUUUUGAAUCAACAUGUUGGAAUGAUGGGAUACGCCACCGGAGCCAGGAAAUAAUUGAAUUUCCAGCUGUAUUGCUGAACACAUCAACUGGAGAGAUUGAAUCUGAGUUUCAUGCUUAUGUGCAGCCUCAGGAAUAUCCAAUUCUUUCUGAAUUUUGCAUGGAACUAACAGGCAUAAAGCAGGAUCAAGUUGAUGAAGGAGUCCCUCUGAAGAUUUGCUUAUCUCAGUUCUGUAAAUGGAUUCAGAAGAUUCAACAAGAGAAGAAAAUUAUUUUUGCUACUGGGAUUUCAGAUAUUUCUACUUCUGAAGUAAACUUAUGUGCAUUUGUUACUUGGUCAGACUGGGACUUGGGGGUUUGCCUGGAGUAUGAGUGUAAAAGAAAACAGCUAAUAAAACCUGUGUUCCUUAAUUCCUGGAUUGAUCUCAGAGUAACUUACAAGAUUUUCUAUAAGAGAAAACCAAAAGGACUAAGUGGUGCCCUGGAGGAAGUGGGAAUACAAUUCUUGGGACGAGAACAUUUUGGGUUGGAUGAUUCUCGGAAUACUGCCCUUCUUGCUUGGAAAAUGAUCAGGGAUGGUUGCUUAAUGAAAAUUACAAGGUCCUUGAACAAGGUUCCCACUAAGAGGAAUCCCAGCAUUUUGGCCAGAAGUUUGAAUACGGAUCGAGUUGAAGAAACAUCAGCCUGCAUGAGUAGUGUUCAUGAUCCCAGCAUAUAUGAUAGGGAGCCUGAAAAUACAAUAAAAUCUCACCAGAAACUUCAAAUGAGGCCAGCUGGUGUGAAUUCUCCUAUAAAGGUACAGCAAGAUCAGUUACAACUAAAGGACAAUGUAAAAGCAGGUCUUCACAAUGGCAAAAGCUGUUUAUCUGUUUUUAAUACUAAAUCCUGGACUUCUCUGGGGCAGUUGCAGUCUUCCAGCUUGAAUACACCUAUGCAGAAGCAAAUAAACCAACAUGUUGCAUUUAAUACCAACUCUAAGUCUUCAGCAGUUGGUUCAGAAUUGGUACUUGUUUCAACGACCAUCUCAUCUGUUAAUAAUGUUUGUGAUACGGAAAUGAGUUCUGCUCUUGAUUGUUUACCUAUGCUGACUGAUUGGGAGGAUGUAGCUUUACUGCCAGCAUCUCAGCCUGAGCAGAAUUUAUGCUGUAUACCUCCCAUUAGUGAUUCAAACUUAGACAUUUCAUUUAAUUCUGGAGAAAGGUUAAUGGGGUUAGGAGAAUCUGAAAUGUUAAAUCAUGAAAACUUUGGAGGCACAGAAGAAACUCUUCAAAAAUCUGAGACCUCUAAGUCUAUUGUGUAUAAGAGUCCACAUACUACUAUUUAUAAUAUAAAAGAAGCCAAAGAUCCAGGUUCCGAUGUUUUUGACUUUAAAUUACCUGAAUAUAAAGCAGGUAGCUUCAAUGGUAUUAAUGCCAAUAUGUCUCAUCCUUUAGUUCUGAGGAAACAUCUUCUUUUAGAUGGUACUAAAAGGAAUCCAUCCAGUCCCCUACCUUUUCCACCAGCAAAGAAACAGAACUUCACUAUUCAUGAGGAAAAGUCUGCAUCAUCUGAUGGCUCUCCAAUGAGCAGUUCUUCCUGGAAGGUUCUCCCCUCUGUUUUAACUUCUAGAGUUAACCUACAGGAGCCUUGGAAGACUGGGAAAAUAACACCUCCUUUAUGCAAGUGUGGCCGAAGAUCUAAGAGACUUGUUGUUUCGAAUAACGGACCGAACCAUGGAAAAGUUUUCUAUUGUUGUCCUAUUGGGAAAUACCAAGAAAACAGAAAAUGUUGUGGUUAUUUCAAAUGGGAACAAACACUUCAAAAGGAAAGAGGCAACAGCAUAGUUCUGUCUUAUUCCCCAGGGAGACUCACUUUUAGUUCUCCAGAAACAAGCCAUAUUUGUGACAGAAAUGUAAAUUUUUCUACUAAAAAUUCAUUGAGACUCAGACCUUCAAUGAGGAAUUGAAUUUUUUUUAAAUCUAAUGUUUUUACUUUAAUGUGACUUUUAGUGCAGUAAAGAAAAAAAUGUGCAUAGGGCUUCAAGUUGUGAGGACUUAGUGUAUCUGAGCUCUGUAAGCUAUACUGGGGCUAUUCAGCACAUUUUCACACACACACACACACACACACUGAAAAUAGAAGAAAAAAAUUUUCACUGGCUUCUAAUUUCAUUCACCAAUUAUCUAACAUUUGUUUUCUGUUUAUGUAUGAAUCCUGGUUGUACCUUAAAUUCCCAAACAUUAUGAGUAUUCUGAUAAUGCCUUGAACUAUUUUAUAUUUCAUAUGUUAAUACUUGCCAAAUUUAUCAUACUUUUUGAUAACCACAAAUGAAGAACCACAAACGAAACACUUGGUAAACUGGAUUUAUUAGAUUAAAUAUUAAGUAACAAUGCUAGUAUUGGAUACCCUUAUUUCCUUUAUUGAAUUAUAACUGAUAAAAAAUUUUAGUUUCUGGUGUACAACAUGAUAUCCUCCUCCUGUUACAGUUAGACCUUGAAACAUAUUUUAAAUUAUUUUUAAAUUGAAGAAAAAUGUGACUAAUAAAAAUCCCUAGCCUGUUUUCAGGUAAAUACUUGUAUUUUGAGAAUUAUGACAAUCUUCUGAUAUUUUGAAUUUUUCUAAAAACUUUGAUGACUUGUGUAAGCCUUAUUUCAAUGCUUGAAAAUUGGUUCUGAUUUGUAUAUCAGCAUAUCAGAAGAAUUAUUCAACUAAGAUUUGAAAUCCAACAGAUCAGAGAUUUGGUUCAAAGCCUGCUUCUAUACUGUAAAUUUAAAAAUUCCUCAGCAAUUGAUGGUACUCUUUUUAAUGUUACCAAAUUAUUAAGAAUAUUGACGCUUAUGCAGAGGGAUUUACUGAAUAUUUAUUUCAAAAUUCAGCCUCUGAUGUUAUAACCACAAGCUAUUUUAAAUCAGUUUAUAAGCAUAGUAUCACAUUUUUUAUCACCUCUUUAUAAUGUUGUGGUUUUACAGAGUCUUGUUUUACAGAUAACCAUGAUAAUUAAAGGAAUGAAUUUAAAUUGUUUCCCAUUCUGUCUUCUUCAGUUCCUUUCUUUUUAUCUUCCCACUGACAGUCUUUGGCAGCUCUUGAAUAAAUUCUACCUGUUGAUAUCAAGGGAAGAAAAUUAAUCCAGAAGUUUUUAUCUUUAGACAAAGUCAAUUAUAUAACAGUUCUGUUAGAAACUAUUCAAUAAUACUUACCUUCCUGGGAUAUUUGUAAGGUGCUGUAGUCUUUUUUACAUGCUCCUGAAUCUCCUUUUUCAGUUGUUCUUGAUCAUGUGACUUGUAAUCAGGGUUCAGAACAAUAAAAGCCUUUACUACCUAAAAUAGAUAUUUGAAACA